AUGGCCACAAGGAAGAAAGAAAGAUACCAUACUACAGGUAAAGGUAAUAAAAUGGAUUUUUAUUUUAAUUUAGAUGAAUUUGAAAAUAUAAACAGCAUAUCAAAUAUUAAUGAAAAAAAAAAUGAUGAUGAAAUUUCAAGCAGUACAUUUAAGUCACAUAGUGAUAAUGAUAAUAAUGGAAUAUCAUCAUAUUCCAAAAAAAAUGUCUUAUUUAAUGAACCCAAUAUAAAUGAAAGUAGAAAAUAUUAUAAUAAGAUCUGUGAAAAACAUGAAGAAAGAUCGAAUAAUAUGCCCAUGAUACAAUUGAACAAAAUAAUGAAUGAGGAAGAUAAUACAUAUUUUAAAGGUACAUGUUGUAAAUUUAAUGAUAAUAUAGGAAAAAAGAAAAUAGAGAAAGAUAAUAAUAUAAAUAAUCAUAAUAUUUAUAAUAAAAAAAAUAAUGAGAUAAAGAAAUAUAAUUUGGAUGAAUUGUGGACAUAUCUAAAUCACGUACACAAUGCAGAAGAUAGUAGAUUGAAAUAUAAAAUUAAUGAAAUUAUAGAAAGCAAAGAAUGUUUAAAUAAUAAUAAAGAAGAUAAUAAUUAUACAGAAAAAAUAAAUAAUGUAAAUAAUACAUAUAAUAUGAAUGAUAAAAAAAGAAAUCAUAAAAAUAAAAAGAAUAAUGAUAUAUCAUUUAAAAAUAAUUUUUAUGAUAAGAAUUAUUUCAAUUAUGAAGAAUAUAAAUAUAUAGUAAAAUAUAUAUUACCAUCUAUGGAUGAUAAAAAAAUAAAAUAUUCUUGGUCUAUAUUAAAAGAGAAUUUACAGUCUGAAAAUGAUCAAUUAAAUCAUAAAGAUAUAUUCAAUUUUAUAAAUGAAAAAACAGGAAAUGAAGAAAGUAAUUAUGUCAAUAAGAUUGUUUGUAGUAAAUUAAAAAAUAAAAUGUUAAAAUAUAAUUUCUCUCCCUCAGAUGUUCAAUUAAAAACAAUAAAUUAUAUUGACACUAUCAGAUCAAGAGCUUGUGAAUUUUCCAAACAUUUUAAAGAUCUUAUAACAGAUAAUGAGUUAACAGAAUUAUUUAAAGAAAAGGAAAAAAUUAAAAAAGAUGAUUUAGAAAAAGAAAUUGUACAUAUAAUAAAUGAUAGAUUAAAAAAGGAAAAUUUGGGAUGUGUUGAAAAUAAAGAUGAAAGGAAUAAAAAUAAACAUAAAAAUGAUGAUAAUAUCUUAUUAUCCAGUUCCAUUUAUAAUAAUAUGAAAAGAAAAAAAGAAGGGCUAACAGAUUUUAACAUAAAGGCAUAUAUAUCAACAUUAUUAACAAAUAAAAAUGAUGAGGUAUAUGUAAAAGAUUUUAUAAAAAAUCUUCAAGUUGAUUAUGAUUUAAUUAGUAAUGAAAAUAUUAAUGUAAAAGAUGCAUAUGAUUUUUAUUCCAGAAAUAUUCCACCAACAGAUAUGAUUAACAAUAUAAAUAAUAAUAAUAAUAAUAAUAUGGAUGAAUUAAAUAAGGAUGAAAUAGAAAGGGCAAAAUUUUUAAUAGAAGAGAUUGAUUAUUCAGUAAGAAAUAAUUUCAAAUGUAAUUAUAUAAAUACAAAUAAUAAUCAUAAAAAUAUUAAAAUCAAAAAUAUAAAUGAUAACGAAAAAUCUUAUUUAUCCUUAUAUGAAAUAUUUAAACAUUUAGAUAAUGAUAAAGACAGUUAUAUAACUAAAGAAGAUUUAAUGAAAAGUGUUAAUAAAUUGAAAUUAAAAAAUAUAACUAAUAAUGAUAUUAAUAUACUUAUGAAAUAUAUGGAUAAUAAAAAUAAAGGUUAUAUUAAUGUAAAUGAUUUUUUAAAAAAUUAUCAAAUGGAAGAAAAAUCUAUGUUCAAUUGGAUUAAAAAUACAAACAAACCAUAUUUCGAUUUUAUAUCUAAUUUAAAAAAUAAAUCACAUGAAAGAUCUUUUAGUGAACAAAAUAAAAAAUAUAAUAAAAAUGCUUCUAUAGCUAAAAAAUAUGAUGAUAUUAUAAAUAAUUAUAAUCUAGAGUUAGACCCCCAUUGUCCAUCUUAUGUUAUAAGAGAAAGAAUUAGAGAAAAUUUUAUUGCUAAAAAAGAAGAUUUUAUAAAUAAACAUAAACAAGCAACCAGAUUUCAUUUAACAAAUUAUAAAAAUACAAAAAAUUUAAUUGAACCUGUGACGAAUUCUGAUCUAUAUAUGAAUGAUAAGUUAAGAUUCAAAACUACCUACAAUUUGAAUUAUAAUUAA